UGCAGGGGGACUUGCGACUGAACAGGCUGAGCACCAAGCAAAGCUGAGGAGCAGGCAAAGAAAACAGAAGAGGGGAAAGAGAAACACACCUCCAGAAAUAGCAUCGACUACAUACGACAGUUGGGAGUGUGGAGAACCUCAGAGCAGGACACAAGAUGUCUUUCCUGUUGAACUUGAUGGCCAUUGUCCUAUUGCUGAUUGCCCAGUGCGGAACCUUGACUCUGGCUAACCGCCUGGUCCCCCACAAGGGCUGUCCCACCUGCAAGGAGACCUUGGGUGCAGGUCGGGCCUCCCGGGACCACGUUGGGGCGGCAAGCACGUCCGUCCUGGCCCUUGGGGAACCCUGUGGAGUGUAUACCCUGAGUUGUGCCAAAGGGCUGCGUUGCGUUCCCCCUCCUCGGGAGCACAGCCCCCUCCAGGCUCUGCUGCAGGGCAGGGGCUCCUGCGCCAAGCACAGCAGGACCAGUCCCACUGAGAGGCCCCACCCCACAGGUCCACACCCAUCACACAGUGGGGAGAUUGACAAGGCUCCGUGCCGUAAGCUGCUCAACUCUGUGCUGCGGGGUCUGGAGCUCACCAUUUUCCAGUCCGAUCGUGACAUCUACAUCCCCAACUGUGACACUCGUGGUUACUACAGGAAAAAGCAGUGUCGAUCCUCCAAGGGGAUGCAGCGUGGCCAUUGCUGGUGUGUAGAUGAGCUCGGCAACACUGUGCCAUCUCGCGCUGGCGAAGACGGCGCUUUACCAUGUGACGGGGAGUGAGGGCUAAGCCGCAGUGACAGAGCUCCCAUUCUGGAGGAGAAGGAGGAGGAGGAGGUGAAGGAGGAAGAGGAGGAGUACAGGGAGAGGGGAUGACUUUGCUUGUGCUCAACACUGCCUGGCCAGGAGACACCAGGGAUAAACCACUUCACAUGGGAAAUGCCCCAUUCACUCACUCACUUACUGACUCAGUCCAGACUCACCAGUCUACCAUCAACCCAAAUGCCCAUCCGCUCCCAUAGCUUUACAGUCAUCUGAAUCAUUCACUGAUGGUAUAAGGACAGAGCCAACAACCAUAUUAACCCCACAACACUGUUUAAGCUGUAGUCUUAAGGAUUUAGGUCCCUGGCCCCAUAGUGGAUUUUUUGUCUUUCUUUUUUUUGUGAUAGCUAACACUGCCUGUGUUUGUGUCUUUCUCAGUGGGCUGUAAUACUGUUAAGCGGGGGGGGGGAUGCGCAACAAUGUUUCCAACCCACCCCCCUACCAUCCCCUCUCCCUCUCUCCAAAACAUACACUGACUAUGUUACACUUCAGAAAUUGAAUAUACCUUUUCAGCUAAUUUAUUCUGGAAUAAAAGUACAUUUCCUUGCAGACUUGCAUACUUUUUGAAUCGUAUCAUGUAAUCAAAUCAUCAAGAUGCUAUCAUAUGUGCACAUGAUCUGGGAUGCAUCGAAUCUUUUUUUUUUCUUCUUUUUUUUUUUUUUUUGCUUUUGUGUGGAGCUGACACUCUGACUGCUAAAACACGUAGUAGAUUGUACAUAAGUGAGGUAUUUGUGGCCGAUGGUGUUUCGAAGUGGCUGAUUCCUGAAUGCUGAUGGCUGU